CACAAUUGCUGCUGGCCUUGUUGAUCAUUAUGAACCUGAUGUCGCUUCAGUCACAACACCGUACAAGUUUUUAUAUAUGACCUAGUUUUGAGUAAACAACAAACUCUGGCCUCAUUUAAUUCCCAUCAGAAACAACUUCUUGUCACUGCAUAUCCGUGGCUCCUAGUAGAAGUGACAGCUGUCUCCAGACUGUCCCUACUGUCCCCCCUCCUCCCUCAUAGCAGCACACUUCAUGUACGGUGUCAUAGAGGGGGGACGCGAGUUUGGGAUUAGCUCAUUAAGACGGACAUCUUUGAUCCGAGGUUAUCUCUCCCAUUUCCACGGCAACCCGAUCGCAUCCUGGCCUCUUAAGACACACAUGAGUGCACAAAGCCGCAGAAGGACACGCACACGCACACACAAACGGGCCCCCAAAGCCCUGGAGAGCAGGGCCCAACAGAGAUGUGAAGUGUAGAUGUGCAGCAACAGCUAAACGUCGUGUCAGGUUUCUGGGGGCUCGUGCUAAAUUUAACCCUGUGAUCCUGCAGCAGGCAGAGGGGUUUAAAUGCCAGCCUACAGUUGCUCCAGACCAGUUGUUCUCCACACGUCUUCCACUCAUCACAAACUUGGGCCAGGAAGAAGACAGCCAGCCACACACACGUAACACUCCAACACAGACGCAGGACCCGAGACCACGUAGUAAAGAGCAGUUCCACGCGGAAGCAGGGAUCUUUGCCCCCUUUACAUCCAGACCAGUCCAGUAUGGAGCUUUUCGAGACCAACCCUUACUUCUUCCCUGACCAGCGUUUCUAUGAAGGAGGGGACAGCUACUUCCCCUCUCGCUUGCCGGGGGCGUUUGACCAAACCGGCUACCAGGACAGGAACUCCAUGAUGGGCUUGUGCGGGAAUCUGUCUGGGGGUGUUGGAGUCGGGGUGACGGCUACAGAAGACAAACCCUCUCCGUCCAGCCUGUCGCCUCAUUCUGAGCCCCACUGUCCCGGCCAGUGCCUGCCCUGGGCCUGCAAGCUGUGUAAAAGGAAGACGGUGACCAUGGACCGGCGGAGGGCAGCCACACUGAGGGAGAAGAGGCGCCUGAAGAAGGUGAACGAGGCCUUCGAUGCUCUGAAGAGGAGCACCCUGAUGAACCCCAACCAAAGGCUGCCCAAGGUGGAGAUCUUGCGGAGCGCCAUCCAGUACAUCGAGAGGCUUCAGGCCCUGGUGUCCUCCCUCAACCAGCAGGACACUGAGACGGGACAGCAGGGAUUGCACUACCGACCGAGCCAGACCCAGCCCAGAGUGUCGUCGUCAAGCGAGCCCAGUUCUGGCAGCACCUGCUGCAGCAGCCCAGAGUGGAGCAGCACUCCAGAGCAGUGCACGCAGAGCUACAGCAGCGAGGAUCUCCUGAGUGCUGCUGACUCUCCAGAGCAGGGGAACAUGCGGGCUUUGACCUCCAUCGUGGACGGCAUCUCUGCAACUGACGGACCUGUGGCCUUUUCUGUGGACAUUCCCAAAUAGACCCUCCACCUAGCGGACCCAUGGGUGCACA